CACGUGCUAGCAUUUGAAAUUAAACGCGCAGCGACAGAAUAAUAACAACAACACUGCUGCUUGUAUUUCAUUCAGACAGCAGUAGAAUAAGAGGAAUCUUUUAUAUUUGACGGAGGACUGAUGGCUGAAUGCGAGUUUUCAGGUAAUAACAACAUUUUGCUGCCUCAGAAGAUGGAGGAACUUGCACCGCCUGAGAUGAAGAGCAUCCCAGGAAACCAUGCUGAGACUGUGCACUCAUUACAAACUCAAGGGGAGCCUCCUGUCCUGAUGGAGGGUCAGCUUCAAAUUAUGUACUCAAAAGAACAGGUGUACCAGGUUGAGGAAGAGUUCUCCUUUGAAGAGCUCCGAGCCCAGCGCUACUACAAAGCUUUGAGAGAAAAAGCUGCACACCUGAAAAAAAUGAAGCAGGACCUUCAGCUUCAGAUCGAGCAGAAACAGAGACUGAUUCUGCAGAGAAACAGCACAGCUCCGCUGCAGAUCAUCGGCGAGGAGGCUGAAUCUAAAGAUAUGUGUGAAUCUGUUGUCACGAUGGUGAAAUCAGCUCCGUUUAAAAUAUACAGUGAACAGGAAGUAGGCUUGAUGUAUACCAGUAAGAGCUCAGUGAAUCAAGAUGAAGACACGAGUAAAGGUGGAAGUGACGCUAAACUGCACAAGACCGCAACAUCAAAACCAUUCACCAUUUUUGAUGAGAAUACUCAGCCAAACGAAAUUUUAAGAGCUUCUACAACAAACCGCAAAUCUUUUAAGCUGCCCACCUUGAAUCUAAAAGCCCAGAGGUCUAACGCAGAACUCUACACCGACAAAGAUGCAUCCAUCUCACACUCUGAGGAAGCCAUAAUCAACGGCCACUGGAAUAAAACUCUGUGUCGGAGUCCAAAUGACACGUGUGAAUUCGCCCAUGCCGCUCAGUUCGCUUCUACACCGUUCGGAGGAGUUGAGAGGCAGAAACAGCCCAAGGCAGCGUUGAAGGAGAGUCAAACUGCUCCUGAAACCACCAAAGCAUCAAACACUGAUUCAGCCGUAGACACUAAAAAACUCAGUCCAAUCCUAGAGAUCAGUCACGAAUGUGGUGCCACUUCCUUCGUGGCCUUCUCCCACGAACCAAUGAAACGCUCAGACGACAGUGAUGUCACUCGAGCUGUGGAGAGAUCAGAGAGCAUGCCGGAGAACGCAGUUGUUAAAUGCGUGGAUGUGUGCAGUGCGGAGGUCAGAAUCAGGCUGCUUCAGCAAACAGACAUGACGUCAUUCUCCAACUUCCACAGAGAAACUGGACUGAUGCCCACGGCCUGUGGAGAUGACGACCUGAAUCUCGGUGGAGAGAUGUUGUUUUACCGCAGUAAACUGGGCAAACUGACGGACUACACGCUGUAUACGUCCAGCACUGGUAUUGUAGUAGUGAAGGUGGACUAUUCUGCAGUGCCGUGGGAUUUCUACAUCAGCUCAAAGCUCAGAGCUCGACACUCUUCUGAUGCUCACGAUUCUUCAGAUGUCCAAAUAUCCUGUUAUUUUUAUGAGAACGGCUGCAUCACUUUAUGGAGAGUUCCUCAUGGAGACACUGUUCAGGAUCUACUAGCCAAGCCAAUCACUCAUCGAUACAAGAUGCCACUUCUUAUCAUUCAGCUACUGGAGAUGAUGAAGCACUUUCAUUCUUGUCAUGUGAUUCAUGGAGGCCUGAAGCCUAAAACACUUUACCUUUAUGGCAGUGGGUUCCUGGCACUGGAUUUCUCACACUCGGUGGAUCUGGAGCUCCAGACUGAAGUGAAAACGGCUCAAGAUCUUCCUUCAUCUCAGAUCUACAUUGAACAGGGACUUCUGCUGCCCGCUGCCUCACCUUAUCAGGUGGAUCUCAUUAGUGUUGCAGAAAUCGUGCAUAUGUUACUAUUUAAUCGACCGAUGAAGGUGCUGCGGAGGAACUCGUGCUGGAGUUUAGAUGAAGAUUCUGAAUCCCAUCACAGUCCUGUCGAGCCCGUAUGGAAGGAGUUUUUCCACAUUAUUUUAAAUCCAGGGAACACAUCAACAGAGCUCGUUUUGUCUGAUCUACUCAUUUACACGAGGAACAGCUUAUGAAUAACACAGUCACAUACUCUCUCAAAUACAUCAACAGUUACACUAGCUGCUUCUGGCACUUUCAAGGUGUAAUCCAUGGCGACAUCAUUUAAAGUAAAAUAAUUGUAUGCAUAGCGUUUCCUCAAAGCAUAAAACAUCAGCAUGUGAAAAGUUGAAAGUAAAUUUUUAUAUUGUUAUACACAUUUAUAAACUAUUUUGACAGCACGAUUGUCUGUUUGAAUUGAUUAAAAAAUAUAUUUAAAUUAAUAUUUUUAAUCUUUGCAGUCAAAGCCAUCUGAGAACUUAAUUUAGUCCUUUAAAAGAUGUUGCUUUAUUGAAAGUGUCUUAUUAGAUGGCUCUCUGGAAUGCUUGAUUCUGAUUGGUCAUUCGUUAUGUAGAGGUCAUGUCAUUUAGUCAUAACAGAUCGGUCAUCCGGGUAUUGCGAGUCAUCUUUCCUACUCCUUGUAUCACUCUGCGAUCUCUACAAGUAAGCUAAUAAAAUAAUUUCAACUCAAGAUCAAUACUUCACGUCCAUUAAUUGACUUACUUGACAAGUAGUCUUGUAAUAAGCUGGAUAAUGAGCAGUCACACGGUCAUUUUCGCAAUGGAAACAAACAAAAUUCGACAAAAACUGGAGGUGGAAUUCCGCUGUUUCUGGAGACUCCAUGGUCUCUUCUCACAUCAACACAUUCAACGCAUAUCAAUAUUUUCAUGUCCAUUUAUUUAUUUGGUAGGUAUUUGUGUAAUAAGCUUGAUAAUGAGCAGACAUUCAGUCAUUAUCUCAAAAUAAACACCUUCAGGCUGAUACAAGUGUCUUUCGCUCCAUGCUGGGAAGGGUUAUUUUGAUAACAACAGGUUGACUGUACAUGAUCCCUUAUCUAACCAAUAAGGUACGAGAAGUUGUUGAGGGCACAAAUGUAAUAAAUAUCCUAACAAAGGCACUAAAUGUAAUAGCUAUUGGUUCUAAAUGUAAUCACGGCCCUAAAUUAACCCUUUAAGCUCGGAUGGGCAUUCCGGCAAAAAUUCUCAUCAAAAUAUUAAUAAAUAUAGUUUUGACUAACAAAUAAUAGGUAUCGUUUGAAAGCUUAGAAUAUCUGCUUUCCAGUGCAUGUAGACAUUAUGACCAAAACUGAACAAGUGUUUUGACAUUUGCAGAUAAAUCAGAAGUGUCCCAUUUAGAUAAUUUAUUAAAAAACAUUUGCAUUGUACAUAUUAUUGCAAUCAGUACAAACAUCAAACUGAUCAAAUAGUCCAUGUGUUAUAUGUUGUUGGAAAGAUCUCAAAGAGUAGAAUACAACCAGCCUAUUUGUUUUACUCACAGACAAAAAUAUAGUGAGUAAUUGCUAAGUAUAUGUCUUUGACAAUUAUGUUGGUGUUGCUUAUAUGCAGCGUUUUUGCUCAUAAAUUCACGAUAAAUAAACUAAACAUAAAAUAUCACAUAUCAUUAUUUAGAGGAGGUGAUUAUCUUUCAAACGAGUCCACACACAAGAUAAUCAGAUGUAUAGAUCAUUAGAUAAUCCACAUGAAGCACAAUGUUACAUAUGACCACCAGGAGAUGGCGCCAAAUACAUGACACAGACUCAAUGAUGACUCAAAUGACACAGAAUGAAACUCAUUCUGUGAAAUCUCAUUACUAAAAUCAUGGCUGCAUGCUAUGUUGACAUGAUUGGGAACAAAACAAAAUC